UACAAUGGCUGGCAUUAACAGCGGGUAUGCAUCUUCUCCGCCUCCUCGGCAGCCAGAAGAGAGACAGGAGUAUAGAAAGUCCCUUCACAAGAGCAGCAACAGUCCUCACUGGAAAGGAGCGUACAGAGAGCGGUGCAAGAAGAGGCUGAGGGAGAGCCGCGAGAAGUUCCUGACGAGAUUCAGAAACAUCACAUCAGAGAGAACCGAGGAAGACCCUGCAAUCAGUGGUUCGUCUACGGAAUCGCCUCUCGCCAGUGGCAGCGGUGGCUCGGCGAGAGUCCCCUCUCCCUCCUCCCUGGCCUCCUCGGUCCAGGAGGUGGUGAUGGAGGAAUGGGAACACGUGAGAACGGAGUACGGGAACCUGCCCUCCAUCCCACAGUCCAAGAGGGGAAAGCUGGUGCACACAAGUAGCCAAGAUGACUUGGAAUUUCUAAUGAGUGAGGAAUUAGAAGCAGAUGUGGAGCUGGUGCUGAGUAUCAUGGACGAAUUGACAGAGGAGCUAAUUAAAGAAGAACAGGCCCUAUUGGCACAGUAUGAAGAUGACAUAAGGUUCAGUGAGGAUGCAUUAUGUGAUGCAGUCCGGAGUCUCCAUACUGAUGACAUCAUCUGCCCCAUCUGCCAAAAGGAUUACCUUCAUCAGAACAAGCAGGUCCUAUUUUGCUCCUGUGGACUUCGACUGGACACGGCACACGAUGGAAUAUCACUGGACUACAUAAGGAGGCAGUUAGACCACUAUUCUCUCGAACACAGCUCCCAGUGCAGAGGAAAACCUCAGUUUUCUCUGGAAACAGUGAUGCAGACACAGACCCUCAUCAUGAACUGCCCCGUAUGUUAACUGCUUAUCUAUUGCUGCUAUCCACCAACCGCGCCCUCUUUUCUCUUCAUUCCCUCUCCACCACUGUCUCCUUGUCCUUCUCUCCCUUCCUUCCUUCCCUCCUCACUCUUACCCUCUUCCUUCCCCAUCUCAUCCAGACCUGCUGCUUCAUGGAGAUCAUUGUUUGAAGCCAGACUUUUUAAAAAUUUCAACUCACAGUCUCGUCUUUGCUUUUCUCAUUUUUGUUUUUAACCGAAACGUGUCUCAGAGAAUCUUAAAAAAUUA